UUACUCUCGCAGAUACAGCCGAUAGUUGAGCGAUUUCGGGAGUGCGGUACUGUGCUGUUGUUGUGCAAAUCGUUCGCUUCUAGACACCAGAUCUCAUCUGCGACCCCUAUCGUGAGGCGAAGAAACACACCUCCAGCUCAACAUUUCAUAGCUGCAAGUCACGCUACACGAUCGCUUCUUCGUCUGCUUGGUGCCUUGUGAAGCAAAGGAUCGAACGCUUUUAAAUUGGUGACGAGUGCGUUUACGUUUAGUAUGAAGCUUGGCAAUCGUGCGUGUGAAAAGCAACUAGCCAAAGAAGUUCCUCCGCAAAACUUUUAAAACGGUUCGAGUUCUUGCUGAAGACUUCACGUGUAGAAGGAUGGGAUCGUCAAGCUCGUCCAUGUCAAACUCACGAUCGAUGAGUACCGGUGCGGCUUACACGAAAAAAUUAUAUUUUGAUCCUGAGGCCGAUUCGCCCAAGGGUCGUGAUUAUUGGAUAACUGAUCCUGAAUUACGUGAUACACUGUCAGAGCUGGUCGACGUCACAGAGCGCAUUGUUGAGGUUAGGUAUUAUAAGCACCCAUUAGGCGCGUGGCAGUUGACGGACCAUUUGUUGCAUCACGCUAUCAUUGUAUUCGAGACGAACAAGUGGUGGUGGUCCAUUGAGAAAAACGACGAAGGCGUCACCAUUCAGCGAUCAAAGGACUUUGACAGCGUUUGCUAUAGGUACAGGCGAUCCAAACGUAAGACUAGCAUUGGGAAAGGUGUUGAAAUGGUGAAAAAAGCAUCUGGAAGCACGACAGUGAUGGAGCUGAUUAAUCACGUGUGGAGGAAAAAUUAUCUCAAUCAGGAAUACGACGCUCUGUCGUACAACUGCCAACAUUUUGCUGAUUUGAUUUAUGAGUUCAUUUAAAACUAUUCUAGUUAUUCCUUUCUUCCUUAACCUGUAGUGCUUUAUUCCCCUUUCAGUCUUGAUUCAGUGCAGCGUUGUAGCCCAUG